AUGAGUCUGGAUACACUCUUUCAACAAAUACUUCUCACUGAGCAUCAAUUAACCGAGCAGAAACAAAAGUUAAAGGAAGUAAACAUAGCCAUCAUUCAAUGCAAAGAGAAGAUCAACGUCACCACUGAAAAGUAUGAUGAGACCACUAAGGAACUUGAUGAGAAGGCUCAGCAGUCGUCUGCGAUGAAGCUGCAGCGGGAUCUGAUGAAGAAAUCUGAAGACCAGAUGUCGAAGAAAAUGGAGGAGCUGCUCUGCCAGAAGGGCCACCUCAGGGAGCGUCUGGACAAGAUAAAAAAGGAGUCUGCAGAAGAGGAGGAAAACUUUCUUCGGGAGAUCUCAGGGUUCAACAGUGACUUCAGUCUUUGUGGGAAUAGAGAGGCAGUGGUUAAGAACCAAACACACACUGAGAUCCUGGACCUGGAGAGAGAAGUGGAAUCAUUACACAAAGAGAUGGAGCAGAUGAGAACGAAGAACAGGCACAUUACGUCUUUACAUGAGGAGAAGAAAGCGCUGCAGCUUGAACUGCAAGAGCUGAAGAAUAUGGUGAAAGAUUUGGAUUCGCAGUUGAGCGAGGCUGAAGCCGUGACAACAUCUCUGAGAGAAGAGAGCCUGUUCGUCAGUCAGAAACCUCUCACUGACAGCGCCUAUCACAGGCUGAGGAAGGAGCUGGAGACGUAUAAAGAAAGCGAGUUGGAGCGGCGGUGGGAGGCGCUCAGCUCGGAAUUACACACUCUGCAGUCGAAGUUGGCAGGCAUCCAGAGGAGUGAACAGCGCUAG